AUUUCCUGUCUUGUUGAAGCAUGAUUUGUUGCAAAACAUCCCUCCACUGGCUGGAUGUGUUGUUGCCGGUCUGGCUGCUGGGAGGAGUCUGCUGAUAGACAUGCAGGCAGCUCUCUCACUCUCACCUGGAGAUCAGACAGGCGGCAGCUUUAGUCAGUGUGAGCAGGAACUGGACUCUGUAGGUCUGACAAUGUCUCCUGAUAGUGCCUUGGAGGUGUACAAGGAGAUGGUGCUGCUGUACCUGGAGGAGGGCCGGCGGCAGGUGAACACACACUGCUCCGACCUGGAGCCAUGGCAGAUCAUUGGCGUGACCGUCAUCACCACUCUGGGAGCCGUCUGGAUCAAAGGCUUCCUCUUCCAGCAAGAAAGUCUCCCGUCGCGAAUCAAGAAGCUGUGCUUUCGACUCGUCAGAAAAAUACCCUUUGUUGGUGCAACAAUCCAAAGCCAGCUCAACAAGGCUUUGGAUGACAUGUCUGCUAGUCUGUGUACCCUGAAGGAAGGGAUGAGCUACACUAAGCAGCUGCCCUCUAAAGGCCUCUCCCAGAGCCAAGUGCUGGACAAGAUCAGAGAGUAUGAGACUCUGAAUGAUGUGAAGUGGGAGAAUGGAUGUGUUUCGGGUGCAGUGUACUGGGGGGAUGAGUCUCUGACCAAUCUCCUGGUGAAGGUAUAUGGAGAUUUUGCAUGGAGCAACCCACUUCACCCUGACAUUUUUCCUGGCGUAAGAAAGAUGGAGGCGGAGGUUGUCAGAAUGUCUUGCACACUUUUCCACGGUGGACCAAACUCCUGCGGCACAGUUACUUCAGGAGGAACUGAGAGCAUACUGAUGGCCUGCAAGGCGUACAGAGACAUGGCGUAUGAGCGUGGGGUCAAAUACCCUGAAAUUCUUGCACCUGUGAGUGUCCAUGCAGCCUUUGACAAAGCAGCACAUUACUUUGGGAUGAAGCUUGUUCAUGUCCCACUCGACAAGAAAACCAUGAAAGUAGACGUGAAGGCUAUGAGGAGGGCCAUCAACAAGAACACGGCCAUGCUGGUGUGCUCGGCGCCUCAGUUUCCCCAUGGCAUCAUGGAUCCCGUUGAGGAAGUAGCCAAACUGGCGGUGCGCUACAGCCUCCCGCUGCAUGUGGAUGCCUGUCUGGGAGGUUUCCUCAUUGUCUUCAUGGCCAAGGCUGGUUACCCACUGGCACCUUACGACUUCAGGGUAAAAGGUGUAACCAGCAUCUCUGCAGACACCCACAAGUACGGUUACGCCCCUAAAGGCUCCUCAGUAAUCCUCUACAGUGAUAAAAAGUACCGGCACUACCAGUACUUUGUGGCUCCAGACUGGCAGGGGGGAAUCUAUGCCUCGCCCUCUGUCGCAGGCUCCAGGCCCGGAGGAAUCAUCGCCGCCUGCUGGGCAACCAUGAUGCACAUGGGAGAGAAUGGAUACAUAGACGCCACCAAGAAGAUCAUUAGCACAGCGCGCAAAAUCAAAACAGAAACCUCCAAGAUUAAAGGUGUGUUUGUGUUUGGGGACCCCGAAGUGUCUGUGGUGGCAAUAGGCUCUGAUGUUUUUGAUAUUUUCCGUCUGUCUAACGCACUUACAACAAAGGGCUGGAAUCUGAACACACUGCAGUACCCAUCCAGCAUCCACAUUUGUUGCACAGUCUUGCACACGCAGAAGGGGGUCGCCGAUCAGUUUGUCAGUGAUGUCAAAGAGCAGGUGGCCAUCAUCAUGAAGAACCCCAAAGAGAAAACCACAGGAAUGGGAGCGAUCUACGGCAUGGCGCAGUCCAUCCCAGACAGAUCCAUGGUGACGGAGAUCUCCCGAGGUUUCCUGGACUGUCUCUACAGCACUGAGGUGUCCGUGUCAAACACCAGCCACAUGAACGGCAACGGCAAAGCCCACCACUGAAGCUGCAUGGGCCCCCCCCCACUGGUCUGAACCCCAUUGCACGCAGGGAAACACGCUCGCCUCCUCCUAGAGUUUCGAACUAAUCGUUCAACGGUUGCCUUAUCCUGCACACCUACACCAUACGGAAAACAUCUGCAAAGAUCUUUAAAGCACAAGCCAUCAUCAUUGUAACCAUCCUGUGUGUGUGUGUGUGUGUGUGUGUGUGUGUGUGUGUGUGUGUGUGUGUGUGUGUGUGUGUGUGUGUGUGUGUGUGUGUGUGUGUGUGUGUGUGUGUGUGUGUGUGUGUGUGUGUGUGUGUGUGUGUGUGUGUGUGUGUGUGUGUGUGUGUGUGUGUGUGUGUCGUUUUAACAGUUCAUUUCAAUUUUAGCAUGUGUUAAAUGUUGAUGUUUCUCAUAAUCUCUACUGAUGCAUAGCAAAACCAUUCCUUUUUUUAAAUUUUGCUGCCGGAACAUUUCAGCUUGUUGCCUGACUAACAUGACUCUCAAAAACCACUGAAACCUGGUUAGUGACGCUGUGCUGCCCUCUAGCUUAAACCUGAUGCAGUAUGGUAUCAUCAUCAUGUGGUAAUUCUCUGGCAGACAGCUUUUAUAGUGUAAAAACUCUACGAUGCCCCGACUAGAGUAUAUCAGGGUAAUCUGUAAAUCACUUGAACCUACAGCUCUGACGUUAUGGUAGAAGUUUGUCUGUGAGCAUGAGCAUGCAUGUUCUUUGUUUGUUGGCACUUAAUGUGAUGACUUUUUUCUUGUUUUAAGUCUGCUUUCGUGAUCCAUCGACAGUGAUUGGAUUUGUAGACAGAGGGAGAAAGAUUUUGAUAGUGGGAACUUUUAAUGUCGUUAAUAAUUAAUACAAUUGUUGUUUAAAAUUGAAAGGGUACAACUAGUCCCAAGGCCACGAAUAUAAUUGUAAACUGCCUAAAAACGUAUUGGACUCUUGGGGGCUUUUUGAUUAUUUUUUAAUUGGAAUUCCACAAAUUAUUCUUUUAAAGUAAUGCAAUUAAAUUAAACUAAUCAACCCUGGUCCUGUGUAUACUAUCUAGAAGCAGAAACUCAAUAAUCUGCAAAGUCUGCAAAAAGUCACUUGUCUAUCACCCUAGUUUCUAAUAAUUUGUCUCCUAAUUCAAUCUACCUCAGUUUCUUCUCAAUUAAAAUGUCAUUUAUUCAUCCACUGAAACACUUUCUAACAGGGCAAGUGUUAUUUGUUUUCCUUUCUCACAUAAUCUUCACAGUAUAAGGGCAUACAAACUGUAAUAAAGAUAAACUAUUAGACUGACAGAUUCAAUAGUUUAUGUUGGGAGAAACCCACUCUCUGCCCUGUCUGAAUGUAAAUAUAUCCAUUCAGCAGGAUAUGUACACAUAUACUAACAGUUGACAAUGUAACAAUGCAUUCUGUAACACCAAAACAUCUGUUCUUUUAUUUGCUUUCCUAAUAUUGCUUGUUGAAACUAUGUAUUCCCAUGAAAUUAUUUCCAUGUUUGUGCAAUAUAUAACUUUUCCUUUUGUGAAGUGAAAUGAAGGGGACUGCUCAACUAUAAAUGUUUUAAGUCAAUAGAAGCGUGACAGCAUAUCAGCCUUGUUAGUUAGUGUAAUUUAACCAUUUGUGUGAUCACUGGGUGUGUAUUAAUCACUUACUUUGUGAGCUUUUGUGUUUCUACAUACUGAGCAUUUCUAAAGAGAUUAGACAUGAAUGUAUUUAGGUUUUUACAUGUGCGGGAUUUUUCAAGCUUUUAGUCAGUACCUGGUUAAAUGGCUGAUGACAUCCCCACUAACGAUUGUAGCUAAUACCAUCAUGUGUUCAUCCAUAUGUCUUUCAAUACUGUGCCCAGUAACGGUGUGGAUACCCAUGCCUGUGCAAAAAAAGUUUUCCAGCAAUGACUCAUCCUGUUUGCUUUUGGAAAAAUAUCCUCAAUAAUUGUCUCUUUUGAAUAAAAACAUGUAAUGCAA